AUGGUGAGGGCGACCGCGCCGACCCGGCGGCCGCCGUGGGGCGCCGCCAUUGCGCUCUCCACCGCGUCGCAAUCCUUCGACCGCCGCGUCGCUCUCUCGGCGGCCGCGGCCGGCGGCAUCUGCUCGCAGCCACGCCAUCCCAGCAUCAACAACCGCCUCUGGGUGCCCGACGUAGUCUCCCGCGGUCAUGGCCGGGCGAAGAAGGCCUGCUCGUGCUCGCCAACGACGCACCCGGGCUCCUUCCGCUGCGCGCUGCACCGGGGGCCCUCGCCGGCGCCGGAGCCGGUGUCCGGCUGGCUGCACCAUGCGAGGCGGUCGGCCACGGCCAACUCGCUGGUGCGCACCGCCUUGGUCGAGGGUGGAGACCACGUCAGGCGCGCGCUGGCCGCCCUCGUCCGCCAUUCGUCGCACCACCAGCGCCAGCGUCGCCGCUCCUCCUUCCGCGCCCUGCCCAGCCGCCUCUCCGCCAUGUCCGCCGCCGCAGCCGAGCUUUCGCCAUCGACACCACCCUGAUUCGUAAGACCGUGUAAUUGCCACUGCUUUGUUAUCCACUGCCGGAAGAUUCGUAGCAGCUCAUGCAUUUCCUUUGCCGGAAGACUUGCAUUUUGCCACUAUUUGUCGAUCGUUCGCUGGCUAUUUCGCACAGAACGUAGUUGGCUUGACGCCAUUGACGCCAGCUACGGAAUGGCAGGAUUGGGAUCUUAUCUCAGGCUGCAAGUUUGCUCAAAGAAAAUGAAUUAAAUGAUUGACUUUGAGAGA